AUUGUUUUUAGAUGCAGCGGAUAUUGGCCAAUGAUUUCAUCAGCCAAAACAAUUUUUAAAAUAUUGAAUUAUCUAUUACGUAUUUUUAAUUUAACUAUAUUUUUGUUUUUGACGUCGAUUAUAAUCGGUGACGCAAUUUCUAAUUUUGAUGACUUAUCGCUCAUCACAGAUAACUUAUGUUUUUUAAUCGGCUGCUUUGAAGUUGCAUCGAAGGCAUUCAAGUUCACUACUGAAUACAAAAAUAUUAUGCUAUUGAUCAAAGAUAUUUAUGAACCAUUUGAUAUGCUCAAAACUAUGGAUAAUCUAGAAGUGAUGACACAAAUUAACAGUUUAGCCCGAUUUGAAAUCAAACAAGCUUCUAUACUGAUUGGUCUCGUUACUUUGUUAGUAAUAGCUCGUAUUUUUGGCGCUGACCGAACAGCCAAACAAUUUCCUGUUCGUGCUUAUUUUCCAUUUGACUCAUCUACAUCUCCCCGUUAUCAAUUACUGUACCUUGCAGUAUCCUACGGUGUUAUUUUUAUAGACUUUUCUUUAUUUGCAUUCGACAUGGUAAUCGUUGUGAUAAUGAGGUACUUAACCUUCCAUUUGAAAAUAUUGUUAGCUAAUUACAGACACUGCCACGUUAAACCAAUCGAAACUACCGAUGACAAUUUAUCGUCUGACCUAAAAGUGAUUGGAAAAUAUGACGCAAUAACGCAUGCAAAUAAUGAAGACGAUGAUGAUCAAAAAGAAGAUAUUGAAAACUUUGUAUUUUUUAAACUUAACAAUGAAGAUGUAAAUAAAAUAAAUACUUUCGAUUGGAGAUUGAAGCAAUGCAUCAUGCAUCAUCAGAAAAUAGUAAAGAUGACGACAAUUCUUAACGACUGCUUCAGUUUUUGUGUUGUUAUUCAAAUUAUGGCUAGUACUAUAUUAAUAUGUCUGAACGGAUUUCAAAUUUUGUUAGCUAACGAUGAUACUCAUUUAUUUUUAAGACGAAUUAUGGCUAUAUUUACAGUUUUACUGCAACUAUUUUUCUGGUGCUGGUAUGGAAACAGUAUGAGCACCGUAGCAGAUGCACUCACUUACAAUCAAUGGAUGUGCGGUUGGGAAAAUGAAUUCAAACGAGGUGUGAGCAAUUCCGUAACUACAUCUAUGGUUCUAUCACUGCGAUCACUAGAACUACGAGCUAUGGGCCUGGUUCCUUUAUCGCUGCAAACAUUUGUUUCGGCUAUGAAGACGUCAUACUCGGUGUUAAUACUUUUACUCACCGUAGUUGAAGACUGA